CCCCAUACUCAUUAUCAUAUCGUUGGGGUCUGACAGGGAUCGUAUAAAGGUCAUCUUCUGGUGACCUCACAUAUUCGCAUAUUCAUUAAACAUGACAACCAAUGAGAUUCAACAUAGCAAAAACCUUUUCGGCUGUUCAUGUAAAAUGGCGACGAUUGAUACGGCAAUAGCAUCUGCGCUUCAACAAUUCAAUUUAACGUGUUUAAAGGAAGAACAAAAACAGAUUCUUCAAGCCAUUCUGUCAGGAGAGGAUUGUGUUGCUGUACUACCAACAGGAUAUGGAAAAUCCCUACCAUAUCAACUUUAUAUUCCGGUUUUAAAAUGUAUAGUAUGCGACAACACUGCAUCGAAGAAGCCAGUUGUUUUGGUUUGCUGUCCACUUGUGGCACUCAUGGAAGACCAAGUACGGCGUUUACGAGAGAUACCAUCUGUAAAUGCCGAGUUAAUAGGUGGAGAAGCAGAUGAAGUGAUAAGAAAUGGUGAGGCAGAUAUAAUUUUUGGCUCUCCAGAAAUGAUUAUUGGAAGUAAACACUGGCGGGAAGAGUUAGAGAAAUUCAACGUAAAGCUUAUUGUGGUUGAUGAGUUCCAUACAGUUGCCACUUGGGGUGCAGUCGGACAAGAGGAGGAAAAGGCUUUUAGAAAAUGGUUCAGAUGUAUAGGAGAACUGAGAUCUUUAUUUCCAUCAGCAGUUAUGCUAGCUUUGAGUGCAACAUGUACCAAAAAAAUGUUAAACAAAGUUACAGAUGCUUUAUUGAUGACAGGAUGUAAACAUUUCAUCACAAGGAAUCCAAAUAAAGAAAAUAUUAAGUAUAUUGUAAGGAAAAUAGAAAAUGAUAUUCAGUCAUCAAUGUUUUGGUUGAUUGAAUCCAUAGAAAAAUACAAGGACAGAUUUCCACGCAAAUCUACAAUUAUGUGGUGGAGGAGGUUCCUAUAUGUAAACCCUUUGUAGAUAUGUUUCAUUCAGAAACCACAAGUGAAAAAAAGUCACAGAUCUUAUCUCAGCUGACAAAACCUAGCAACUUAAAAUUAGUGAUAUGCACAAGUGCACUGGGAAUGGGCAUAGAUAUUGUUGACUGUUACAGUGUUGUCUUGUAUGGUCCACCUUCAAAUGCAGUAUAAUUUUUACAGGAAGGUGGACGUGUAGGAAGAAAAGGAGAAAAAUCAGUCUGUGUGUUGUUGUACCAUUCCCACCAACUGCAACACACAGAUGAUGAUAUUAGGUCUUUACUGAGAGAAACCACAUGUAGACGACUGUCUAUAAUGAGCUGUUUUGUAAAGGCUAAAGAAUUAGAAGAGAUUAAAAGUAAGCACUUUAAAAAACAUAAUUGUUGUGAUCUGUGUGAAACAAUGUGUGACUGCAAACAAUGUACUAGGCUACCAUUAGAAAAAAUACUUGAUGUAACUGAUUUAGGACAAAUUUCAACAGAUGUGGUAGGCAGUGAUUCUGAUACUGUAUCUUAUGACUAUCAGUUUAGACUCAGUUACAGAUGAACUUUUGGAACUCACUUUAGAUACAUUGUAAUUGUAUUUUACGUAUCUGUUAUUAAACUAUGCAACAUGUAUCUCAAAAUGUAUCUCAAAACUUUGUUGUUCAAGAAGUCCAGAGACAUAUACCUCUAUCAAACGUCAUGACUCAAAAUUAACAUAUGCCUGUCAGUCUGUGACUGGUUAAAAGUCUGGUGGACUGACAUACAUUUGUUUUAGUCAGUCCGAUGGAAAAUAUACUUUAUAUGAAAUUUCUUCGAUCUGUAGAUAUCAGACAAAUCUGAUUCGUAAAUAUAAAUCCCACAAGUGUUACAAUAUUGACUGAGGCAUAUUGAAUUAAAUUUCAUUGUAAUAACAUUAACAAAAUUAUUUAUGGAAACCUCUGUUGGACUGGUAAAUUUUCCUGCGGACUGGUUGAAAUUAUACCCCCAUCAGUCCGGCUGGACUGGUGACAUAAAAAGUUAUCUUCAAGCCCUGAUCGUUUUUGUUGCCUGCUACAUCGCAUGACAAAAGCAGAGAUAAUAUAUGUGUACGAUCAGGCAAAAGUAAAAUAGAUGCGUGUUUCCGGUUUCCUGACCCUACCUACCUAUUUGCUGCUGACCCUAAACUUUUCAUUGAUGAUAUACAUGUAUGUAAAGCAAAACUUCUGAAUUUGGAUUUUUUUUCUUUUUGUGUACAAGUUUCUGUGAUUUUCAUUUUACUACUAUUGAGCUUCAAAAUGUGUGAAAAGUAUUUGUAAUGUAUAUAGAUCUGUACUGAAAGUGUAUGAAAAAAGUUAAGAUUUCAAAUAAAAUGUUUUAAUGAAAUAGAAUGUUUACCUACCUACCCUACCUAAUUUUUGAGGGCUUUAAAUAGGAAACGCACAUAUAUUUUAUUUUGGCCUCACCACUUUUAAUCUGACAGCAUCUUGCCAACAAUAUAUCAUAAGAUGGGGAAAACAAUACAUAGAUAUGCACAUGCGAAUCAAAAUUCCUACACAUAAUAAGGGCAAAAGUAAGUAACAAUCACUCAAAUGUACAAUCAUGAGAAAAUUCAAACUCGUUCAUUUCUCAAUCGCCUGAAUGGAAGCACUGGCUUGUGCCUGUGAAUCAUGGUUGUAAAGUUAGAAUAACAACUGUCAAAAGGGUUUCUUUCAGACACUAUUUCCCUACAUCCUAGAGUUCUCCCA